AUGGAGAGCCAUAAGAGGAGGCAUCACCAUGAAAGCACUCACACCGGACCACAGCAGAAGCCACGCACCUCUUAUGGGGGUAGUGGUGGUUCAUCAAUGAUCAAGUAUGGGAACCACAACCAUCAUCACCAUGGAGGGAAUGGUCACCACCAUCGGCAUGGAGGGCAUGGACACAAUCACCUCCUCCCGCCGCGGACGCACGCGUCCAUCUUCCUCACCUCUGCGUGGCGCAGCAACGAUGACGACGAGAACGACCCCAAGCUCCAGCACGUCCUCCGAAUAGCGCCCGCGAGACGUGCUUCCCGGGCAGAAGCUUACGCCAUCGAGUGCGUCCUGCGGGCGGCGGAGGCGUGGGAGGAGUGGGACUACCAGACCGCGCUCCUCAACUCGGAGCAUACCAACGCUGUCGAGGAGCAUUGGGUUGCCGUCGACGCCUUGCACGCAGACGACGAUGACGACGGCUCUGACUCCAGCUCCGACUCCACCACCGACGAUGACAACGAUGAUGUUAAUUUUUGUGAGUGCGCCACCAAACAAGUUCAGCUUCGAAAUAGGCCAACCAAAUUCUUGAGUGCUACUGGAUACAAGAACUUAGUGGCAGAUUUCAAUGCUCAGACCGGAAGAAACUAUGAGAGAAGGCAGCUCAAAAAUCGUUGGGACGAUUUGAAGGCUAUUUAUUCGGCUUGGGUGUUCUACAAAAUUAAGGCAACUGGACUUGGAUGGAAUGAAGAAACGCAAACUAUAAUAGCUGAUGAGGAGCAGUGGACUGAAUUGAUCAAGCUUCACAAGCCAAUUAAAGCAUUCCGCAAGGGACCACCGGACAACUUGGACUUGAUGCAUAUUAUGUUUGAUAAGGCUAAUGUUGAUGGUACCACAUCCGUUAUGCCGAGAGUGGAAGAGGUUGCUGCCAUUCAGGUUCAAGAAGAUGUGGUUGAUGUAGAUGAAGAAGAGACCGAGACUCCUACUGUUAGCCCAUGGCUCAAGAAAAGGCCCAAACGUCCAUCAAGUGCAAUACCUUGUAGUCCAUCUAACCCGAAGAAGGCGAAUAUGUCUAAUGAGUUCCAGAGGUUUGUUGACCAUGUUGUUACUGAAAGUAGUAGUAACAGUACUACUACUGAAGCUAAUGAGAUUGCAGCCUUCAUGGAAGAGGUUGCCAAGUGUGGAGCAUCCGAGCUUAGUGAUGAGCACUACAUUGGUACAAAGUUGUUUGCUAAAUCUACAAAUCGUAGUUUCUUUCUAUCUAUGAAGACAAAAGAAGGGAAGCUCAAUUGGCUCAAGAGACAAUAUGAGGACAAGAAGAGAAACUAGUGUAUCCUUGUGUGUUUGCUUUCCAUGUAUUUCGAUGAUUAGUUCCUGUGUGCUACAAUUUAUUUGAACCAUAUGCUUGUUUGA